UGUUUCAUUCCUAAUAAACUCUCUCUCUCUCUCUCUCUCUCUCUCUUUGCUUUGCUUAUAAUCAUUUGAUUUUUUAAGAAAGAAUUAAAAAAAAAGAGAAGAUGGGUUAUUGGAAAACUAAGGUUCUUCCCAAGAUCAAGAAGGUUUUUGAGAAGAACGCCACCACUACCAAGAAGGCUGCAGCUGCUGAGGCUUGCAAAUCCUUUGAUGAAUCUAAGGAUGAAAUCAACAAAGAGUUUGAAGAGAAAAAGGGUGAGCUCCAACCCAAGGUUCUCGAAAUCUAUGAAGCUUGUUCUGUUGAAAUCAAGGGCUUGGUGAAGGAACCAAAGGAGGCAGGAAUCAAGAAGAGCUCGGCUGCAGUCCAUAAAUUGCUAGAAGAACUUGCUAAAAUCGAGUUUCCUGGAUCAAAAGCAGUGACAGAAGCAUCGUCAAAGUAUGGUGCGGGGUUGGUGUCAGGGCCAGUCAUCUUUGUGUUCGAGAAAGUAUCAACCUUUGUGCCGGUGGAGGCAGCACCGGUGGUCGGAGAAGAAGAAAAGAAAUCAGAAGAAGAAGUAAUAACAAAAGUAGAGAAGGAGAUUGUGAUUGAAGAGGACAAGAUCCAAGAAGAAGAAGAAAAACCCUCUACAGCUACUACGAGUACUGCUACUACAACCACCACUGCUCCGGCGGCGGAGGAGCCACCCAAGGCGGAGGUGGAAGUGGCGGACCCACCACCACCCAAGCAACCUUGAGAUCAGAUCAUCAUCAUCAUCACCUCUAGCUACUUGAUAUAUAUAAGUAUGUUAUAAGUCUUUAUAUAUAUAUAUAUAUAUAUCUAUGGUGCUAUAAAAAACCAAAAAACAGCAACAAACAUAUCUCUAUCUCAUUCUUUAUUAUUAUUAUUAUUUUUCUAUAUGUGGAUUUCUUCAUCUUGAUUUCUUGUUCAAAGUUUUUGAUAUUUUUCUUUCCUAGCUUCUUCUGUAUUUCUUUUUUGGGAAUUGUGAAUUAUUGUAAUAUUUUGUACAAUUUGGGGGAUUUUUUUAUUAAUUAAUUCUAAGCUCAAUUAAGAUUA